AUGUCUUAUUUGAUGUAUAUCUUAUCGUUUGGAUUAGUGUUGGGGCUGGUGGCAGUUGCAUCUAACCCAUCUCCUUAUUUUGCAGCCCUUGGGCUGGUUGUAGUGGCGGGUGUGGGGUGUGGUGUAUUAGUUGGUAGUGGGGGCUGUUUUUUAUCGUUAAUUCUGUUCUUAAUCUACUUGGGGGGAAUGUUGGUAGUUUUCGCCUAUUCAGCUGCUAUGGCGGCUGAACCUUUCCCGGAAGGGUGGGGGAGCUGGCCUACGUUGCGACUGAUGGUGGGAUAUGUGGUGGGUGUGGGGGUUGCGUGGGGCUGAUGGGAAAAUUCUGUAUGAGGAGGAUUGUUGGGGUUUGACGGGGCGGUGGAGUUGUCUGUGUUACGGGGGGAUGUGGGGGGAGUUUCGUUGAUGUAUUCGUCCGGGGGGUGGUUGUUAAUUGGAGGGGGCUGGGUGCUACUAUUAACCCUGUUUGUUGUCUUAGAGUUAACUCGUGGGCUAAGUCGGGGCGCUCUUCGGGCUGUUUAA